UUAACCCCGGAAGUAAACGCUUCAGUUCUUAGCAUGGCGCUAAUGAUGAGCAGCGAGACCAGUUGUUUAUCCUAAAACUAUAUAUUUUCUUAAAUAAACCGUUUUGGAAGAUAAUUCACACGCGAGAGAUUGCAGAUAAAGAUACAAUCCUUUGGAGAUGGCGUCAGAUGUGGGAGAACAGUCGCAUGGUGGCAUGGAUGAAGAUAAAGCCCUUGACAUGACUACCAGUGAGAAGGUAGUGGAAUUACUAAACCAGGCUUCCCUCAUCUCAACAGAAGAAAAACUUGUCAUUCUCAAACAGGUGCAGGAAUUGAUCAUCAACAAAGACCCUUCAUUACUUGAUAACUUUCUGGAUGAAAUUAUUGCAUUUCAGACAGACAAGUCAAUUGAGGUGCGAAAGUUUGUUAUCGGCUUUAUUGAGGAGGCCUGUAAAAGGGAUAAUGAGCUUCUUCUGCGGCUGAUUGCCAAUUUGAAUAUGCUAAUGAGAGACGAGAGUGUAAAUGUGGUGAAAAAGGCAAUUCUGACCCUUACACACCUAUAUAAAGUUGCUUUACAGUGGCUGGUGCGUACCAAGACCGUCUCAGACAUGGAGGAAGCAUGCUGGGAUAUGGUAACUCGGAUGAAAGACGAUGUCCUGGCAUUGCUCGAUUCUGACAACGAUGGGGUCCGCACUCACGCCAUCAAAUUCACAGAGUCCCUCAUUAUCACUCUGUCACCACGGACACCUGACUCCGACACUCCCAAGAAGCACGAGGGGGACAUCAGCCUGGACAAAAUUCCCAAAGAUCACGCGUAUAUACGUUAUGACACCUUAAGCGAGGAGGGUAAGUCUGCUCUGGAUCAGCUGUUAAAGUUCAUGGUUCAUCCCGCCAUCUCCAGCAUUAAUCUGACCACUGCACUUGGAUCACUGGCUACGUUGGCCAGACAGCGGCCCAUGUUCAUGUCUGAGGUGGUGCAGGCCUAUGAAAUGCUACAUGCUAACCUGCCACCAACUCUGGCCAAAUCUCAGGUCAGUAGCGUGCGUAAGAACCUGAAGCUGCACCUGGUCUCGGUGCUGAAGCACCCCAGCAGUGUGGACUUCCACGGUCAGAUUUCCACUCUGCUGCAGGAUCUCGGCAUGUCUCAGAACGACAUCACCCGCUGCACCCCUGCUCCACAGAAAAGACGCCACCAUGAGCCUUAUGUAGAGGGCAAGAGGAUCAAGAUGGAGACUGCUUUAGUGGAGGAUGAUGAAGAUAAGGAGGAACAAGCACCGGUCAUCACCCCAAAACCCUCCUCCUCCGUUGGCACCCAAUCAGCCCUCGAUCUCACUGCUGAGUUCCUGUUCCCCCUCCUUUCCCCAGAGAACGUGGCUAACCUGGUACUCAUUAGUAUGGUCUACCUGCCUGAAGUGAUGCCAGCCUCUUUCCAGGCCACGUACACGCCUGUAGAGUCUGCGGGUACUGAAGCUCAAAUUAAACAUUUAGCCAGGUUAAUGGCCACACAGAUGACUGCGGCUGGUUUGGGACCAGGUUUGGAAAUGUGUAAGGCUCGGGAUGAAGAGGUGAAGGGGGAGGACGAAGGAUCGAGUGAGAUCAGCUCCAAAGACCCUCUCAUCGUCCGCAAGUUCUCUGCGGUUUCCCUCGGUCAGGCCAUCUCAGUGGUGGGGGCCUACAAGAGCCCUGUCACUGAGGAGACACCUCAAAUCAAGAAAGUUCCUGAACCUAUACUGCCCACAACACAGCCAAAAGCUCCUGGCACCAGUGGCAGAAAGAAGGUGUUCAAAUUGGCAGACGUCGUGCAGCCGUUCUCAGAGGCUCAGAUAGAGAAACUAAUCGACAUGUCCGUCAAUAGAAUCCUCCAAUCGGAAAGAGCCAUUGCACAGAGCGGAAUGUCUCAUGUUCGUAUGAAGCUGCUUGCUCGGUUGGUGACCCAAUUUGAAGGAGGGAUGAAAAAUGACUUGUUACAGUUUAUCCUGGAUGACAUGCGGGGUAGAUGUGAACUGGCCUUUUCUCUGCUGUACCACGAGUACAAUGAAUACCUAAAUCAGCAGCCCUCCGGCUCUCUGGACAGCUACGAGCAGUGUCUGUUUACACUUCUGACCGGCCUGCAGGAGAAACCUGAGCAAAAAGACGGGCUUUUCACCAAGCUUGUUCUGGAGGCUCCAGUCAUCACAGACUCGGCCCUGGAGGUGAUUCAACGCUACUGUGAAGAUGAGUCGCGCGUAUACCUGGGCAUGUCCACCUUGAAGGAUCUCAUUCUGAAACGCCCGUCCAGGCAGUACCAGUACCUCAAUGUUCUUCUGAACCUCAGCUGUCACGAAAAAGAAAAGGUGCGAACCACCGCUCUUAGCUUCAUCAAGCGCAUGUAUGAGAAGAAACACCUGAAGGACUGUAUUGAGAAGUUUGCUCUUACGUACAUGCAGUUCCUGGUCCACCCAAACCCACCCUCUCUUCUGUUUGGAGCAGCGGAGGACACAGAGGUGGCGGGUUCUUGGACGGAGGAAACCGUGCGGCAGUGUCUCUAUCUGUAUCUCUCCCUGUUACCCCUCAACCAUUGUCUGGUUCAUGAGCUGGCAGCUGUGUACACCGAGGCCAUCGCUGACAUCAAACGAAGUGUGCUGCGAGUCAUUGAACAGCCUAUAAGAGGCAUGGGGAUGAGUUCUCCUGACCUGCUGCUGCUGGUUGAAAAUUGUCCUAAAGGAGCAGAGACACUGAUCACUCGCUGUCUACACAUACUCACUGAUAAAGUGCCUCCAUCUCCUGAAUUGGUGGAGAGGGUUCGGGAUCUUUAUCAUAAACGAGUCCCUGAUGUUCGUUUUCUCAUUCCGGUCAUCAAUGGCCUGGAGAAGCAUGAAGUGAUCCAGGCUUUACCCAAACUCAUCAAGCUUAAUCCAAUCGUAGUCAAGGAGGUGUUCAACAGACUUCUGGGCACUCAACACAGUGAAGGCAGUUCCUCCAUGUCUCCGCUCACUCCUGCUGAACUCCUCAUCGCCUUGCACAACAUUGACUCCUCCAAGUGUGACAUGAAGUCAAUCAUCAAAGCCACCAACCUGUGCUUUGGAGAGAAGAAUGUGUACACGUCAGAAGUUCUGGCGGUGGUGAUGCAGCAGUUAAUGGAGCAGACGCCUCUCCCUAUACUGCUGAUGCGUACGGUCAUUCAGUCCCUCACCAUGUACCCUCGCCUGGCCGGUUUCGUCAUGAACAUCCUGGCCCGGCUCAUCCUUAAGCAAGUGUGGAAGUAUCCCAAGGUGUGGGAGGGCUUUGUUAAAUGCUGCCAGCGUACCAAACCCCAAUCUUACAACGUGCUCCUCCAGCUACCUCCUGCACAACUGGCUAGUGUGUUUGAGCGUUGUCCAGAGAUGAGAGACCCGCUCCUACAGCAUGUGCACUCCUUUACGCCUCACCAACAAGCCCACAUUCCAUCCUCUAUAAUUGCUAUUCUGGAGGCCAACAUCAGAAAGCUGGAGCCAGAACCAGAACCGCAACUUCCAGAAGUAAUAGAAGAGAGACAGAUUCAAGUACCAAAACACAUUUCAGCACCAGUACCACAACAAGAACCGCCAGCCCCGGCACCCAUAGCAUUUACAGAACCAGUGCCGGAACCGAUCCCAUCCAGAAGGGAAGAAGUCGAAGAACCCAUGGAGCAGGCAGAGACAGCCCAUGCUUUUCCUGUGGUUACAUCUGAACCAGCAUUGCAGCAGAUGGAGGUAUCUGAAGAUGCAACGCAGUCCAGCACUGUCACAGAGAAGGUGGAUGAACCCAUGGAAGAUUCGACGGCUAGUGAGGUGGCUGACCAAACAAAAGUUGUGCCCGAGGACGCUGACACAGAACCUGAACCCGAAACAAGCAAUGUGGAUUAAUGACACUUGAAAAAUUGACUGACUGCGGUUGAAUGAGCUUAUGUUAAUUCCUCACUGCUUCUCAACAAACACUUGAUGUUAGUAGCUGGAACAAAUACAUUCAUAUAAAUAAUUUUUGAAAAUAUUGAUUUUGUAUGUGUCAGUUUUCGUUUACAAAACAAAAUGUCAUGUCUAACAAAUUAAACGUUCAUUAAAAGAAUAAGAAAUA